CAAACUAUUUCCUACGACCUAUCAUGGUGCCAAUAGUUCCAAUCUAACAAUCGUUCUAGAACCUUGAGUUUUGUUGCCAGAUCUCGACCUAUAUGUAUCCCAGGCUUGCCGGAUCCGCCACCCUGACCUCGAUGGUAGACUCAGGUCCCAAGUACUACUCGCAGGUCAGCAAAGACACCUGUGUUGACACAGAAGACCAGUCGUCUGUUAUGGACCAACCAAGUCUCAAGUCCAGGGGGUCAAUCAAAUGUCUACGACCGACCAAGUUCUCACCCCCUCCCCAUGAGUCAAGAUUCCUCAGUUGGUCAGCGUUCUCGGCUCUUGUGCUGCUCAUCAUCUGCAUCCUCAUCAUCGCCAUCAUCGUGUCGUACACGCUAUUUGAUCGAAACAACUGACCAUUUUCAAAUGCCGUUUAGACCUAAUUCAGAAUCCUAAACGACUUCCAGUAUAACUAUGACUAUGGACAUAAAGAUUCCGCCAUCAUGUACAGCGGAAUAAAAAUUUUCUCAUUAUAUGUUACUUUUUGGGGGUCAUCAAGUCUGUUUUGAAAUAGAAAACUUGAGUUUUCAGAGAUUUAUUUGUGACACAUGACGAUUUCUUUUAAACUUAUUUUUUCAGCAGUUAAAUUUUGAAUAGGAAACAAUUACUACGGUUGUAG